GGGCUUGAACUGGAGUCCUUGAACACUUUAAUGUGAGCGCUUAGCCAGGUGCGCCACCGCCUGGCCCCCAGUUCUGAUAUUUCCACACCCACUCGUUUCUUGUGCUUCUGGACCUAGAGUCUCUUGACCUGACUACAUGUUAUGCCAUUACUCAGCAUACUGCCUGCCACACAGUUGGCGCUCAACAAACAGGAAUGCCUGAAGAGGCCAUAUCUAGGAGGGGAGUUUCACCAGACUGUGAAAGGACCACUAGGAAUAAAUAUGUUCCUUGCUUCUCAAGUUUUGUGGCCAGUGGUAGGUAGAGAAGGUGAAUUGUGACUUGUGGAACACAGAACCUCUGGGAGUUCCGUAACCAAGAAGAGAAAGAAGUAACAACAGCCAGUGGAGACAAAAAAGAACUGUUUCUCCCUUCUUCUCCCUCUGAGUUCCUAGUGGCGAGCUGAGCCCAGCACUCCAGGCUUGGGCUGGGUUCCUUACCCCUCAGUGGGUCCAGGUGUCGACUUCCUGAGCAGAUGGGAGGCUUUUAAGUAGCAAAGUUCCCUGCUCUCAGCAAGCCCAACACCAUGGGGAAGGGAGACAAUGCUGAGACAGCACCCACCACCUCAGCCUACCGCUCUGUCAUGGAAGAGUAUGGUUACGAGGUGGGCAAGGUCAUUGGCAAUGGUUCCUAUGGGACAGUGUAUGAGGCUUACUACACAAAGCAGAAGGUCAUGGUGGCUGUCAAGAUCAUCUCAAAGAAGAAGGCCUCUGAGGAUUAUCUUAACAAAUUCCUACCCCGUGAGAUACAGGUCAUGAAGGUUCUGCGGCACAAGUACCUCAUCAACUUCUAUCAAGCCAUUGAGACCACGUCCCGAGUGUACAUCAUCCUGGAGCUGGCUCAGGGUGGUGACGUCCUUGAAUGGAUCCAGCGCUACGGGGCCUGCUCUGAGGCCCUUGCUGGCAAAUGGUUCUCCCAGAUGACCUUGGGCAUCGCCUACCUGCACAGCAAAGGCAUCGUGCACCGCCUGACGCCCAGCCUUUCUGCUGCUGGUAGGGAUUUAAAGUUGGAGAACCUGUUGCUGGACAAGCGAGAGAAUGUGAAGAUAUCGGAUUUUGGCUUCGCUAAGAUGGUGCUUUCUAACCAGGCUGUGCGUAAUAGUCCUUCUCACCGCCAAAUGAACUGCUUUACCCACCUCAGCCAGACUUACUGCGGCAGCUUUGCUUAUGCCUGCCCAGAGAUCUUGCUAGGCUUGCCCUACAACCCUUUCCUGUCCGACACCUGGAGCAUGGGCGUCAUCCUCUACACGCUAGUGGUCGCCCACCUGCCCUUUGAUGACACCAAUCUCAAGAAGCUGCUGAAAGAGACUCAGAAGGAGGUCACUUUUCCAGCCAACACCAACAUCUCCCAGGAGUGCAAGGUCCAGCUACUCACUGUCUGUGUGGCACAUUGGGGGCCAAGCUCAGCCAAGACCUCUCUCUCCCCUGCCCUAGAACCUGGUCCUCCAUAUGCUACGGCAAGCCACCAAGCGUGCCACCAUCCUGGAUGUCAUCAAGGACCCCUGGGUAAUCAAGUUCCAGCCUGAGCAGCCCAUUCAUGAGAUCAGGCUGCUCGAGGCCAUGUGUCAGCUCCCCAGCACCAAUAACCGUCACCUGUCCUUGGAAGUCAAUUCCUGAGUGGCUGAGGGAGGAGGGUGAGAGAAGAGCGAAGCAAGAGGAUGGGAGCUCAAAGUAUUUAAUAUGCAAAAUAAAUCUACUUUUUAGUUUCAUCA